AUGUCGAAGAAAUCCAAGGCUCCGCUUUCCUUGUCCGACUGCCUCUGCCAAAUUUGCAUGGAGAUCUUUGUGGAGCCCGUGACGCUGCCAUGCAACCAUACUCUCUGUAAUUCUUGUUUCCAACUGACCGUUGAAAAGGCCAGUCUUUGUUGCCCUUUUUGUCGGCGUCGAGUCUCUUCCUGGGCACGAUAUAAUGCCCGUAGAAACACUCUUGUCAACUGGGAACUUUGGGAAAAGAUUCAGAAGUAUUACCCGAAGGAGUGUGAACGCAGGAUUAACGGGCAGGAUUUGGAAGAGGACAUCUGUGUCCCUCACCCACAACACCAGCUGAGCAAGCCUGGGGAGCUGAGGCAGGAGUACGAAGCAGAGAUUAGCAAGGUGGAGGCAGAAAGGCGAGCGCAUGAACAAGAGGAGAACAAGGCAAGCGAGGAAUACAUUCAACGGCUUCUAGCAGAAGAGGAGGAGGAACACAGGUUGGCAGAAGAGAGACGGAGGGAGAUGGAGAAACAACUGAAGCAGGAUGAAGAGUUGGCCUGGCAGCUGAGUAACAGUCUGAAUGACGAUUCCAAAGGACACGUGCUCAGCAGCCCUUCGCCAGCUGGCAGCCUCUCACCCGAAACAUCCCCAGUUAAUUUGUGCAAGGUGAAACACAAACUGAGCAACUCUGGAGACAUUCAGAAGUAUCUGUCUCCAAAGCUUCAUCAUACACCGGGAUCAGCAGCAUUCUCUAGAACAACAGAAAGAGGCAGGAGGAAGUCUGGCUCUGUGGAGGCCGACAGCAGUGAAAGCAGCAGUUCUGCGUGGCAAGAUGAGCAAGAGGAUAUGCCAACGCUAUCUCCACAGCUGACCGGUGUGAGUAAAGAUUCCGGUGCUAAGGAUUCGUUUUUGGAAUCGUGCAUGAAGUAUUUCAGUGCCUCGGCCUCAGGGGAAACCGCUGCUGUCAAACAGGAAAAAACACCAGGACCAAAUUGUCCAGGAGGUGAAGUUCCAGAUGCGCUUCAUGGAAUCACAAGAGGGGAAGGAUCUAGAACAGUCCUUCCUAGAUCCAAAGGAGAUGAUGAUGGAAAUGAGUCGGAUGGUGGCGAUUUAACACAUGUAGAAAGCAUAAACGUUGAAAAUUCUGCUGAUACUUCUACCUGUAUUCAGUCAGCAACAAAUUCUGUGAUAUCUGACUGCAGAAGUGAUCUCACGAAGGUGGCUGGACACUCAGAUGAAGGGAAGCCAGAGAGGCUGCAGAACACUAAGGAGACUCCAAAAAGAAAGCUGGAGGAGCCACCAACUGAAGCUGUGGUUGACUUGUGCGUGCUUGAUAAAAGGAGAAGAACUUUUCCCCAAAGUUUAGAGGACCAAGCAGAGCAGAUCAGCGAUUUUAACUUGCAAAUGCAGAAAGCCUUUGAACAGGAGUUCUAUGAAAGGCAUAUGCAAGAGGAGCAGGACAGGCUUCUGGCUCUGCAGUUGCAAAAACAGAUCGACAAGGAGGAAAGGACACUUAAUCGACAAAAGGGCUCUCCAGAUGAGUACCUGCUUCGUGCCAAACCACCUCAGUCUGCGAAAGACACUCCUGCUAGAAAGGGAAGUUCUAAGGUGUCAAAAGACUCAAAGGUACCGAAAAAGCAGGCUGAAGCAAAUCACCGCAAGACUCGGAAAGGCUCUUGCAAUGAAAACCGGCAGUCCCCUAACAGAGUCCGAAUGAAAUCGCCCGGCAUCAAGGGAGGAAAAGUUUUGAACUGUGUGGUUAACACCAGUGACUCAAAUGAUACUUGUUCAUUACCUAAGAAUAAGCAAAAGACGAUCCUUCAAAUGUUUAAAAGUCCUGUUGCGGAGUAG